AGCACUAUCAAGGCACCUGAACUGUGACGAGGGAUUCCGGCAGUGGGAGUGCCACAGCGAGCAGGUUUGAUCUGUCAUAGACACUAACGACUGGAGAUAGGGCUCUGUACCCAGAAAUGGGAUGACAUUCUUUUUGUACGUGACAACAGCUGACGUAUGCGUCAUAUUGUGGGCUCACUUGUUCUUGCAGUGGUUUUAUUUAUUUAUUUGCUGACUAGGAUUGGCAUUCUUUGCUACAGCUCGGUACCAGGUGGGAACCUCAAAAUGUCGACGUUGUAAAAGGAAGGGAAGUAAAACAUUUCGACACCAUUGUAUGGUGAGACAGGUGUCUUCUGCUUUGGUAAUAUUUCCAAAAACGGCUACUGGGUAAAAACACCUUCUGAUAAGCAGCUCACCACAAUUUGGAAUUACAUUAUAGAAAUGCACUGGAAAUAGGACACGUGCUGUGUACAGGGAGCAAAAUAUCUAACUACAGUGAUGCAGGAGAAGAAGCUGAUGUUAUGCAGUCCAUGAACGUCAGUUAUGUUCAAGACUGAAUUUUCAUUUGAGUGUAGUACGUUACAAAGUCCAUGGCAGAUGAAACAACACCUUUGGAUAGCAGCCUUGUGGUAGAUCUUCCUGUUCACCAUGAAGCCCCCCAGGGACCUCCAAGGUAUGAGUGCACAUUAUCACCAGAACUAAUUACAAAGGCACGUGAGGAGCUCCAAGAGAAGCCAGAAUGGAGGCUCAGGGAUGUUCAAGCCCUGCGCGACAUGAUUUUAAAAGAGCAUCCAAAUCUGAGGACACGGUUAGAUGAUGCUUUCUUGCUAAGAUUUCUCAGAGCCAGAAAGUUUGACUAUGACAGGGCACUUCAGUUGUUUGUAAAUUACCAUAGUGGCCGAAGGGGCUGGCCAGAGUUAUUUGACAAUUUAAGGCCCUCUGCAAUAAAAGCUGUUCUGGACUUGGGAUUUGUAACUGUUCUACCUCAUCCUGACCCCGAUGGCCGACGUGUCAUUUGCCUUCGACCAGGUAGAUGGAUGCCACAUAAUUAUCCAAUAAUUGAGAACCUACGUGCCCUGUACCUAACGCUAGAAAAGCUUAUACAGUCUGAGGAAACCCAGGUGAAUGGGAUCGUAAUCCUUGCAGAUUAUAAUGGUGUUGGUUUAUCUCAGGCUUCCCACCUUGGCCCCUUUCUGGCCAAAAGGGUAGUUGGACUUCUUCAGGAUGGAUUUCCAGUCAGAAUUAAAGCCGUCAACAUCAUAAAUGAGCCUAGAAUUUUUAAAGGCAUUUUUGCCAUUAUAAGGCCAUUUCUGAAGGAAAAAAUAACCAACAGGUUUUUUCUCCAUGGUUCUAAUUUAAACUCUCUUCAUAAAAAUGUACCAAGACAUAUCCUUCCUCAAGAGUAUGGCGGUUCAGCAGGUGUACUGGAUACCGCCCUAUGGAAUCAGACACUGCUGGCCUCGGAGGAAGAAUUUGUGCAUCAUUUUUCCCAUUCACCUGUGACAGAUGAUGAACUGUUACAACAGCAUCUGAUGAGUGAAAGUGAAGCAGCAGAGGUUCAAUGUGAGGAUUCAUUCCGAGGAGUGAAGUCGCAACUCUAUUACUGUUACUGAAGGCAGUGCAUAAUGUGCAAGAAUGUACAAACAAACCGGGUUGCAUCUGUGGAACAUGUUUGUUAAUAACUUGCUACCUAGGAAAAACAAAUUAGACAAGCAGGAGCAUUUUCACACCUCAAUGAAAAAAUGUUUCUGAGAACUGAUUAAUGGUUCUAGUUCUGUACCAGAAGGUAAUGAUGCGGUCAAGCAUGUUUCUGAUGUUUUCGUUACAGUCUGGAAACUACUUAGUGGUUGUGUAAGUAUUUGGUUAAGAUGAGAUCCCCACAGCUAGGUAUAUGGUACCCACACAGUACAAAAAAUGCCGUCAUUAAUGUAAUAGGUACUGUUUUGUCGACCAGGUUUGCUGCAGUUGAGAAUUUCAUUUUCAUCAUUUCCUGUAGCGAUCUUGACAUUAAAUUAAUAAAGUUUUGGACUACAAGAGGCAGCACACCUCCAGCAUGGGGGUAUGGAGGGCUGUCUACCCCCACAA